AUGAUGUUCAAGUCCCUUCUUGGUUUCGCCGCCAUGGCGCAGACCGCCUUUGGUGCUUCUCUGCAACAGGUCCAAAACUUUGGCAACAAUCCCACCAGAAUCCAGAUGUACAUCUACGUCCCGGAUCGCGUGGCCACCAACCCUGCCAUCAUUGUGGCGGUAAGUACUUGGAACACGCCCUCCUGUUUCGCGGACUGUUUGCUGACGAUGGGUGUUGUUCCACAGCUUCAUCCUUGCGGAGGUACUGGCCAGCAGUGGUUCAGCGGCACCAGACUGCCCUCGUUCGCCGACCAGAACGGCUUCAUCCUCAUCUACCCUAGCACCCCGAACCAGAGCAACUGCUGGGAUGUCCACAACCCUGCCAGUCUUACCCACAAUGGAGGCGGCGAUGCGGGUGGCAUCAUCUCCAUGGUCAACUACACUCUUGACCGGUACAACGGCAACCGGGAAAAGGUCUAUGUCAUGGGCUUCUCCAGCGGUGGCAUGAUGACAAACGUGAUGGCUGGUUCCUACCCCGAGGUGUUCGAGGCUGGUGCUGCCUACUCUGGCACCGCCCACGCCUGCUUCGCUGGUGCCGGUGGAGCUACCCCCUUCAGCCCCAACCAGACCUGUGCCCAGGGUCUCCAAAAGACUCCCGAGCAGUGGGGUGCCUUUGUCCGCAACUCGUACCCGGGAUACAACGGCCGUCGUCCCCGUAUGAUGAUUACCCACGGAAACGCCGAUACUCUUGUUCGCCCGCAAUGCGCCACUGAGGCGUUGAAGCAGUGGUCAAACGUCCUUGGCGUAUCGCUCACCCGCCAGGUCCAAGGUGUUCCCUCAUCGCAAUUCACUCAGCACAUCUAUGGCGACGGUACCAAGCUCCAGGGCUUCUUUGGCAAUGGUGUUGGACAUGCUCCCUCUGUCGACGAGCAGACCCUGUUGAGAUUCUUCGGCUUGAUCGCUUAG